AUGGGCUGGGCACGGGGUCUGCUCCACAUUGCAUGGAGAGCGCUGUCCAAGGAGGUGAAGGAGCAUGUGGGCACCGACCACUUCGGGAAAAAGUACUACUAUAUCCCGGAGUACAAGAACUGGACAGGACAAACUAUCCGAGAGAAAAGGAUUAUGGAAGCAGCAAAUAAAAAUGAAGUAGACUAUGAAGUAGGGACCAUCCCAACAGAAUGGGAAGCUUGGAUUAGAAAAACAAGAAAGACUCAACCAACUAUGGAGGAAAUACUGAAGAAUGAAAAAUAUAGAGAAGAAAUAAAAAGAAAAGGCCAAGAUUUUUAUGAGAAAGAAAAACUGCUCUGCAAAGAGAGGAAGGAAGAGCUCUUGCCUCUGCCUAUGCAAACUGAGCAGAAAGGCCAUGCCUCUGCUCCACACUUCAGAAAGGAAGAACCCUCAGUGGCUCCCACCAGCACUGGGAAAACCUUCCAGCCAGGAUCCUGGAUGCCAUAAGGUGACAAGAGACACACCCAAUGAAUGGACUAUGGAAAACUCACUCACUUCCAUGGGUGUGACUAUUUUAACAAAUGAAAGCAGUAAAAAGUCCACUACUUUGUAUUUCUCUUAUACACCAACUGUACUCCAUGCAGCUUAAGAAUUCACUUUUUGC